AUGGAUUCCUUAUUUCCACGCUCAACUUAUCGUUCCCAGACUACGAUUUUAGGUUCUCCACGUUGUAUUCGUUUGACAGGUAGUAACGUCAAGCCGGAUCAUUUCUGCUGUGUUGAUAGCACUUCUCGUGCUAUCAAUGAGAUAAAUCGACAACUGUGCGAAGUUCCGGAAAUUGAUUUUGGUAGUGUCUGGAGUGAGAUCGAUUCUGCUAUCCAGCUUCGAAACUGCCUUGUAUAUAGUUAUUUGAGUGAUCUUUCGGAUGAUCCUCUGAGCGAAGGGCAAAUUUGGUCGUUCAAUUACUUUUUUUACAAUAAAGAAUUAAAGAAGGUGUUGUUUUUUGCUUGUACUGCGAGAAGGUAA